AUGGGCAGGAAGAAGGGGUCGUGGAGUAGCGAAGAGGACGCACUGCUGACGAGGCUGGUGGGCCAACACGGCCCCCACCGCUGGAGCCUCAUCAGCGCCGCCAUCCCCGGACGCUCCGGCAAGUCCUGCCGCCUCCGCUGGUGCAACCAGCUCAGCCCCGCCGUCCACCACCGCCCCUUCACCCCGCAAGAGGACGCCCUCCUCGCCGCCGCCCAUGCCCGCCUCGGGAACAAGUGGGCCACCAUCGCGCGCCUCCUCCCCGGCCGCACCGACAACUCUGUCAAGAACCACUGGAACUCCAACCUCCGGAGGUGCCUCCGCCGCCAAGCCAAAUUAGCCGCCUCUUCAGCAACCGCCACCACCAACCUGCAGCUGCAGUUGCGACCAGAGUACGUGCUGGACGACGGCGACGAGCCCCCCGCCAUCCCGGACCCGGAGACAUCGCUAACACUGAGCCUUAGCCUAUCCUUGCCCGGGGAAUCUGCUGCUGUGGUGGCGCAGGCGGCGGGCACCGGGCGGCUGAUGGUGGUGAAUGCCCUGCGACAGAUGGUGAGGGAAGAGGUGGCAUACUCACUCAUGCAUAUGGCCGCCGCCUACACCAAGUCCAACGGCCCAAAUUAA